GGAGGCGGCGUUGGCGGCGUUUCCGCUCUCGCUGUUCGCCGUGGAAACGCGGAGCGGAGCGGCUGGACAUUUAUGUGGAUGGCAGCUCCUGAAGGAUGAACGCCAAGUAUGCUGUACUCGCAAUGCUGUAUUUUGUCCAAGGCAUCCCAUAUGGGCUCCAGUCUGGGCUGCUGCCUAUCUACUUCCGCACGCUGGGCCUCUCCUUUACCAAGAUCAGCCUGUCUAAGGUGCUUUAUGUGCCCUGGGUUCUCAAGGUGCUCUGGGCACCCCUGGUGGACCAGUACUUCAGCAAGAGGUCAUGGCUGCUGUUCACCCUGUAUGGCUUUGUGCUGACCUGCCUGGCCUGCUCCCUCAUGGCCCCCGAGACAAACUUCUUCCCGGUGGCCGUCGUCCUCCUGCUCAUGAACUUCUGCGCCUCCAUCCAAGACGUUGCAGUGGACGCGGUGGCCAUCCAGCUGCUUACGCAGCGUGAGAUUGGGUACGGCAACACCAUCCAGGUCGUGUCCUACAAGCUGGGCUCCACGUUGGCAGGAGGGGGCCUGCUCACUUUCCUCCAUCAUCUGGGCUGGCAGACACUCUUUGUGGGCCUGGCCCUUGUUUACGUUGUGGCCAUUGGAGUCACCUGGAAUGCUAACCUAAAACUGAAAGUGAGGUUCGAUCCUCAACACAGUUGGGUCAGGUACAGAAGCUUAAACCCCUGGAUCCUCCUCCAAGAGCUUCUCGUGGUGCCGGACACUCUUUGGACUGUUGGUUUGGUGCUCCUCUAUAAGUUGGGUGAACAAGGGGCGAUAUCCAUGUUUCCCCUCUUCCUCCUGGACCAUUCCUUUUCCCCACAGGAGCUUGGCUUCUGGAAUGGGAUUGUGGCCAUGAUCAUCUCCAUUAUAGGCUCCUCACUUGGAGGCUAUCUGAUGUCAAAACAGGGGAACCCCUUUUCUAUGCUGAAGGCCUUGAUGGUAUUCCGCUUCUUCAGCCUGGUCUUCCAAACACUCCUGCUGGUUGCCUAUGAGGACAAAAAAUCAGUCUUUGAAGUGGCAGCUUUGCUGAGCAUCUUCCUGCAGCACUUCAUCGCUGGCCUGGUAACCACCUUAACAUUCAGCAUAAUGAUGCAGUGUGCACAAAAGGCCCAGGAGAGCCUACAGGCCACUCACUACUCCCUGCUGGCCACCCUGGAAGUGCUGGGCAAACUGGUAUUCAGCAGCCUGGCAGGCAGCCUGGUGGACUGGCUGGGCUUCGUCGGGGCCUUUAGCGUUUUCCUCGCCCUCUCCAGCACCUCUGUGGCCUACAUACUGUCUUCUUCCAGAAGGUGAUGGCUGCUGCCACCAGGAGGAGGAAGAGGAGAACCUGACAGGAAGCAGGGUCGUUGUGGGCCAGAGGCGGCCAAGGGGGAUUUCCAGGUCUCCUCAGCCCCGUAAGCCACGAUUCCUCAGGGAUCUCACAGCCCUUUGUGAGGGGGAAGAGAUGGAGGGAGCUGACUUGGCCAGGACCUCCCUCAAAGCCUCAGGAACUCUACUUCUAUUUGCCGGGGAAAGUCCACAAUUCUUCGUUCAGGCUAAACACACAAACUGGGCCCCAGUAAGAAUUGUGUUU